UGAGAGAGAGAGAGAGAGAGAGAGAGAGAGAGAGGGAACUUGAGAAGGCACGGCAGGUUCACCUGACGAGGCGAAGGGACUGGAAGGAAACACAACUCCUUUUGAAACAAAGAGCGCGCGCUGGAGGAAUGCAGCCGUGACCUCGCGCACUGCCCUCGCGCAACUAACUCACACAAACACACCGCGCGCCAUCCGUGAAGCUCAGAUCCCACUUUCAGCAUGGCUCUCGCCGUCUCGCAGCUUUUAGACUUAACGUGGACCAGAAGCGCGCUCGCGCCGAGUAGAUGCCGCCGCUGUAGCCGCACUGGCUGAACGCAGAGUGGACGAACCAUGCCCACCCCCUCGAGACUGUGGACCUGUAAAGUGCUGCUCUGCUUCGGCAUCGUCUACCUGAGGCUCGGGGCUCUUUCCUCCGUGGUGGCCCUGGGUGCCAACAUCAUCUGCAAUAAGAUUCCGGGCCUGGCUCCUCGCCAGCGGGCCAUCUGCCAAAGUCGCCCAGACGCCAUCAUCGUAAUAGGCGAGGGGGCUCAGAUGGGCAUCAAUGAGUGUCAGUACCAGUUCCGCUAUGGCCGCUGGAACUGCUCGGCCCUGGGAGAGCGCACAGUCUUCGGCCAGGAGCUACGAGUAGGCAGCAGGGAGGCAGCAUUCACCUACGCCAUCACAGCAGCAGGAGUGGCUCACGCAGUGACGGCGGCCUGCAGCCAGGGCAACAUGAGCCACUGUGGCUGUGACCGCGAGAAACAGGGCUACUAUAACCAGGAGGAAGGCUGGAAAUGGGGGGGCUGCUCAGCUGACAUCAAAUAUGGCAUUGAGUUCUCCCGGAGGUUUGUGGAUGCUCGUGAGAUAAAAAAAAAUGCCCGCCGACUGAUGAACCUUCACAACAAUGAAGCAGGGAGAAAGGCACUAGAAGAACGGAUGAAGCUGGAGUGUAAGUGCCAUGGGGUAUCAGGUUCCUGCACCACUAAGACAUGCUGGACCACGCUGCCAAAAUUCAGAGAGAUCGGCUAUGUGCUGAAGGACAAGUAUAACAAAGCAGUCCAUGUGGAGGUGGUCCGGGCAAGCAGACUGCGCCAGCCCACCUUUCUCAAGGUGAAGAAGACACAUGGCUACCAAAAACCCCUGGAGACAGAUCUAGUCUACAUUGAGCGUUCACCUAAUUAUUGUGAGGAGGACGCCAAGACGGGCAGUGUGGGGACACAGGGACGUUUGUGUAAUCGAACAUCGCCACACACGGAUGGCUGUGACCUCAUGUGCUGUGGCCGAGGCUACAAUACGCACCAGUACACCAAAGUAUGGCAGUGUAACUGCAAGUUUCAGUGGUGCUGCUUUGUCAAAUGCAACACCUGUAGUGAGAGGACGGAGGUGUUCACCUGCAAAUGAACAAAUAUGAAUGGGAGAGUUACAGGUGAGCUGGGAAUAGAAGGGUGGAGACAGUUUGGGUGGACGACCCAUGGAAUGAAAUAGAUAUUAUUUUUGUAAUAUCACAAAAUGGAAACGGAAUGAGUAUUUUACACUAUCGGCUCUUCAUGGCAUCGUUUUGCACAGCAGAAUGUUUUAUUUUUGCUUUCCAAUAGAGGUUAAAUGCUAAACUCUGUCAGUAGGUUUAAGCCCAGCUCUUAGCUGAGUUUAACUACCAGAAGUUCAUGCACUGAUGUAUCCACACUGACUCAAACAGAAUGACUGCAGGAUACAAGCCGUGCGUUGGACCUGUGCAUUGCAUUCUUGGACCUGUAUAUUUUCAAUUCUAUAGGAAGCUCACCAACGAAGGACAAAAAGGAGGCAGCAAGUCAAUAAUGACCGGAACUGUUUGGGAAAAAAGAAAUGGUUAAGUUAGCCUGACUCUUAUGAUAGGGACAGAGAUAGAAUGGAGCAGGGAGGAACGAACAUUUUAACUCAUGAUGUUAAGCUCUGUAAAAAUUAAAAUAAAACUACAGAACAAGGACAGUGCAGACUGAAAAUGGAGAUGUUGCUACAAGAAGCCUCCUGCUGCCAACUGGAAUGUGGUGGAAUAUGUUAGCUGUCCAGUCACACUGGAACUGUCUGUUUGAACACUGAAAAUAAAUUUUUUAUUUAUGUUAUAGUCUCUUAAAAAAAGCAAAGCACUAACGGGUAGAAAUGUCUUAUUUUGUACUAAGUGUAAGGAAACAGAGAAAUGGGAAAAAAAACUCUUUGUAAAAAACUCAUGACUGAAGGUGUGUGUCUCCUCAAGAAAAAACCGCCAGGUUCUCUGACAAUUUAUUUUCCUGAAAUCGUUUAACCAUUAAUGAUGUGUUGACUUCAGAAACCACUUUUUAGGACAGUUUACAGUUUACUUAUUUAACAUUGGUUCUACUUUGCUGUAGCCUAGCCUUAGUGUGCAGUAAGGUAUGCACUACAAUCUGCAAUUUGGAUCGUUUUACUUUUUGAAACUUAGCAAAUAGCAACAAAAAAAAACAAACAAAAAAAAACAAAAACAAAAAUAGACAAAAUAUUUAAAAAUCUUUCCUGAACUCAUGAAAUUAAAAUGUUGCUGGAUGUGUUGUCGAGUGCUGCACUGAUAUUUUUUUCUAUUCUGGUACAUUGCAAAUGAAACUAAAUAAAUAUCCAUUUGACCGA